AUGAAUAUUGUGACCUACAAUAUUCGAGGAUGCUGCAUUUUGUUGAAGAGAAGGAGAAUCUCUCAAACUCUGCAGAGAGGCAACGCUGAUAUUUGCCUUAUUCAGGAAUCUAAAGUCACGCAUAUGGAAGAUGGGAUUGCUCAUAGCAUUUGGAGGAAUUCUGAUAUGGGUUGGUCAGCCCUUAACUCUAAUGGCAGAUCUGGAGGAAUUAUCACUUUGUGGAAUAGGUCGAAAGUUUCAGCUUUAUUUAGCUUUUGUGGUGCUGGUUACUUGGGCAUUCAAUUCUUGUGGAAGAAUCAAAAUCUUAUCGUGGUCAAUGUUUACGCUCCGUGUGGAUCCGCUGACAGAAGGAAGUUGUGGAGGGAGCUUGCUAAAAUUAAAAGUAAUUUUUCAGGAGCUGGCUGGAUUGUGGCAGGAGAUUUUAACGAGGUUAAGUUUAAGGAGGAAAGAAAAGGUACGAGUGCUAACAGCAUGAAGGAUAUGAAUUUUUUCAGUGAGUUUAUUACUGAGAUGAAUUUGACGGAUCUUCCGGUGGUUGGAAAUAAGUUUACAUGGUUCAAUUCCAAUGGCAAGUGCAGAAGUAGAUUGGACAGGUUUUUCGUGGAUGAUACUGCAAUAUCCAUGCUUUCCCUGUUAAAUCAAUUGGUGGGCGAUAGAGAUAUUUCCGACCACAAGCCUGUGUGGUUGAAGUCGAAUUAUGUGAACUGGGGGCCAAAACCUUUUAGGUCCUUCAACUGUUGGUUCUCUCAUAAGGAUUUCAUCCCGUUUGUUAAGCAGUCAUGGAGCUCCUACCAUGUUUCAGGCUCCUACAGUAACAUUCUGAUAAAGAAGCUUUCUUCUUUAAAAAGUGAUCUUCGGAGCUGGAACCGUAAUGUUUUCGGUUGGAUAGACUUAAAGAUAGAAGACAAUGUUUCUAACCUUAAUUCGUUAGAGCUGGACAGCGAAUUAAUCUCUACCUCCAACAACAAAGUUUUAAUCAAGGAAAGAUUGAGAAAUCAGGAGGAGAUGUGGAAGAAUCUCAGGUUAAAAGAAAGCAUGUUGGCUCAAAAAUCCCGUUUAAAGUGGCUUCAAGAUGGGGAUCAAAAUUCCAAGUUGUUCCAUGAUUCCUUAAAAUCUAGAUACCGUUCGAAUUGCAUAUCUGAUAUCAGAGUGGGAGAAGGGAUAGAGGAAGAUCCUGAAGUCAUUAAAUGCAAAACUGUGAAGUACUUUAAGGAGAGAUACAAGACUAAAUCAUCGCCAAAGUUUUCGAUCGACUUUGAUCAUAUUGUUUGCUAA